CUGUUCUUUGAGGAGAGAAGAAAAAGAGAUUUAUGUAUUCUGAUACGAUUUCUCCUCGAGAAAAUACACAAAUUGUUGGUUUUCUAGUGAAUUAGGAAAAGACCCAAUUCAUCUGUGAACAUACAGAUCGUAUAUUUAGUAGAAAAGAAUAAAAUUGGAAAGAUUAGAUUUUUUUGGUGAUGAGUUCACGAGGGCUGCUGCCAUUGAUGAAUCUUGUUAAACUUAAUGGAGUUCCAAUUCUGCAACAGUUGCAUUUGGAGGAGCGGCUACUUAGGACCUCAUCUCAUAAUUGGUGUAUCGUGAAUGAUGGAACCAAUGAACCCACCAUUGUCAUGGGGAUUUCAGGGUGAGCUCAAUUUUCACCCUUUAUUAUGUUCUGUUUUGCAAGACAAGAUUCCAGUAAUAAAGAGGUUUUCUGGAGGGGGCACUGUAAUUGUCGAUCACCGGACAGUUUUCAUCACUUUCAUAUGCAACACAGAUGCUCUCCCUAGUGUACAACCAUAUCCUAGGCCCAUCAUGUCAUGGAGCAGCCAACUGUAUAGCAAAGUGUUUCAAGGAGUAGGAGAUUUCUCUCUUCGUGAAAAUGACUACGUUUUUGGCAACCGCAAGUUUGGGGGAAAUGCUCAAUCUAUCACAAAAAGGCGUUGGGUUCAUCAUACGUCCUUUCUGUGGGAUUAUGAGAUGAUGAACAUGGCUUAUCUCAAACUUCCAAAACGAGCUCCUGACUAUCGACAGGCAAGAGACCAUUCUGACUUUAUUUGCCGCAUGAAGGAUUAUAUAUCUCGACAAGAAUUCAUCAGUAGAACCAUUUCUGCACUUGGCAGCCAGUUUUGUGUAACUCCUCUGGAGCUUGAAUCAUCUGACUGUCCCGAUGACGCGAAAUUCGUGCCCUCCACUAGACUACUUGGAAAACAAGACCUAGAGGAAUGUUUUGAGUCUGAAUCUGGGAAUGUCAUACUUCAGUCACUGUAACUGCUACAGGACCUUUGCUUGAUGGUGCUACUGUAUGUCAGUGUACCUUAAUUGAUUAUUCGCUCGAGGAAUACUUUCCAUAAGAAUAUUUUGGUUAGAGUGGUCUCCUAAUCUGGUUGUGGUUGCCUACCUCCAACUCAUUCAUAUUGCUACUUGCUCAGAUGAAAAUACUGGGAAGAAGGUGCUACCUUUUACCAUUGUGCUAAGCAGUGGGCAUAAUUGAGGCAUUGUUUGUAAGCACAUCAAUUGAGUGUUUACACUAUUUAUUCACUGGACAAAUUGACCAUCUCUCUCCCCUUCAUUUGGUUCUGUGAUUUUAGUUCUGGCUAGACUUUGAUUCCAAGAGUUUGUUUUUAGCUAAGUAGAGGUCUUGGUGGGAAGUGAAAAUUUUCAAAUUUACACAGUGCCUCUUGAUUGGUACUCUUUUAAGUUUUGCUUUCCAAUAAUCAUAGGUAUUAGAGUGUGUUAACAAGCACAUUCAAAAGGCAUGGCCAAUGUAACAAUAACAUCAUGUGUAAUAUGAGUUUUCUCUUGAUUA